UUCAUUCAGAGCUCCGUCGCUCAGACCAUCACACCUCUCUGUGCUCUCUCUGCUCUCUGCUUUCUUCAUCUCCAGGUCUCCCAUCUGUCCCUGUCUCUACCAUCCUCAUCCUCACUCUGUCUUUCUUUGUCUCUCCAUGGGAGUCAUGUCCUCCCCCAGGUUCCUGUCACUUCAUCUGCUUGGAGCCUUGCUGCUGCCGCUGCUGCUGCUGCCUGGUUCUUGGGCCCAGCAUUAUGAUGAUUUCACAUCAUCUCCAGAUUACGACUCUGACUACAACUCCACCUUUGAGUACAGCUUCUUCAGUAAUACGAGCAGCGAGGACCUGGACAGACUUGUGGAACGCUACCUCGAUCCAGACGAAACUACGGAGGACACUGGAGGACCAGAGGAGGAAGUGGCUGUAACCAUGGUGAUUACAAGAAGAACAACAGAGGGGGUCAACGCUCACGGCACUGCACCAUUUCCUGUAUGUUUGCUGGUGACAGGUGUCGAGACAAGCCCCUCAGCUCCGUCCUCAGUGAACAUGGCUCCUCAUGGGAGCAGGUGGACCAAUCACAGAGCUUCUUUCCUGAACCAUUUCAGAAAGUUUGCAGACAAACGCCUGGAAGAUUUCACUACGUGGUGACAUUUUUAUUAUACGUAAAGACGUUUUUUAAUGGAACUGCUGAUUAAGCCAUACUUUAGAGAAGAUGUUUAUAUUUGUAAUAAAAAGAUGUUUUUAAAGACAAUAUGAAGUUAUUUUGUGUCCUUAUUGUGCAAACAAACAACAUAAGUGUUUGUAGUUAAGUGCAAACAAUCACUGUGUUACAGAAUAAACAUGUUGAUGGACGGGGUCAGCGGCCUGGAGCUUUUCAUAUUUUCUCCAAAUCACAAGUGUUGUUGGCUGAACUGUGAAACGUCAGCUGAAAGAUUUCUAUUACAGCAGAACCGUCACUGUGCAAACGUUUGCAUCUGUUCAUAUUCAGGAUCCAGGAGCGGAUUUGGAUCCACAGUUUAAUCACAGAUUUAUUUGACUUGCGAUACAUUUUUGAUUGUGCUGUUUAUAGUUUUCCUCUAAAUCCUGUUUGUUUGCAUAAAAAAGACACAAAAGUGACAGAAUAAAAACACGAUUGUAUGAAUGAACAUAUUUGCAGAUACAUUUAUAUAUAAACAAAUAAAGAUGAAGUAUUUAAAGUGGACCCCAGCA